AUGUCGACACCGACGAUCGCGCUGCCGCCACGAGCAGCUCACGAGCCACCAGAGCCUCUGCCCGAGCUCCCGCCGCAGCUCCUCCUCACCCUCUUGACCAACAAGGCCGCACCCGACCACGACCGCGAUGCACUCGACGCGUUCGUCCUCAGCGGCGGGGCGGGCAGUGGAGGCGACAGCACCGGCGGCGUGCAGGUCGAGGACAUCUUGAACGAGCUGCUUCCAGACGAGACCAGCCUCGCGCAGGCCCCAUUGGUCGGGCUUCUACUGCGGGCCAAGAUCCAGAGCAUCCGCGAGGACAUCGAGCUCCUCACCAAGGCGCUCGAGCACGACCAGGACCCGCGCCGGCUCGGCGAACUGCAAGAGCUUAUCGGCGACCUCCUGUCGCAGGUGACGGCGAUUCGAGACGCGGCGACCGAGAGCGAGGUCGUCGUUCGCGACAUCACCCGCGACAUCCAGUCGCUCGACCAAGCCAAGCGCAACCUCGUCGCGAGCAUGAACGCCCUCAAGCGCUUCCAGAUGCUCGUCAACGCCUUUGACCAGCUCACUCGGCUCGCCAAAUCUCGCCGGUACCGCGAGACGGCGCAAGCUCUCGCCGCCGUCAAGGAGCUGUCGGCAUACUUCAAGACGUUCUCGAGCGUCGAGCGCGUGUCGGCCGUCAGUCGAGGCGUCCUCGAGGUGCAAAACGUCCUCAAGGAGCAGGUCAUGCACGAGUUUGAGGAGGCGUUCCCGAGCGAGGCGGCGCGAGCGGGCAAGGAUGCGCAGCUGGCCGAGGCCUGUCUGGUGGUCCACGCUCUCGGCGACGACGCCAAGCACGCCCUCCUCAAGUGGUACUCGCUCCUCCUCCUGCGCGACUACCGCCGCAUCUUCGGCUCGGCGUCCGAGGCGGGCCAGCUCGACAACAUCUCUCGCCGGUUCGCCUGGUUCCGGCGCGUGCUCAAGACGCACGAGGACGAGAACGGCGCCGUGUUCCCGCAGGACUGGAAGGUCGGCGCAGUACUCGCCGGCGGGUUCAGCGAGGUGACCAAGAAUGACCUGCGCAGCGUCCUGUCCAAGUCGUCGUCGAGCCUCAAUGUCGGCCUUCUGCUCGAGUCGAUCGCCCAGACGGACGACUUUGAGCGCGAGAUGGCUCGCAAGUACAACGUCCCGUUCGAGGAGGUCCUCAAGCUGUCGCAGAUCACCUACGGCGUCAACGACUCGACCAUGCUCAUCACGAGCGUGUUCGAGCCGUACCUCGGCGUCUUUGUCGACGCGCAGGACAAGACCCUGUCCGACAUGAUGCAGUCGUUCACGUCGUCGCGCAUCUCGAUCUCGCCCUCGGAUAACCCGUCGGCCGUCCUCCCGUCGUCGACCGAGCUCUUCUACUUCUACCGCGAGGCGCUCGAGCGGUGCGCCAAGCUGUCGACCCGGCAGCCGAUGCUCGACCUGUGCAAGGUGUACCGCAAGUGGCUCAAGACGUACGCCGAAAACGUCCUGACCGCCGCGCUCAUCAAGUUCGACCGCAAGUCGAGCGAGGGUCGGCCCAACAUGCAGGAGCUGCACACGGCGUGCCUCGUGCUCAACACGGCCGAGUACUGCCUCGAGACGGCGACUCAACUCGAAGAGCGCCUGCAAGAGCGCAUCCACCCCGACUUUCGCGACCGCGUCUCGCUCGAGGCCGAGAAGGACCUGUUCACCGGCACCGCGUCGGCCGCCCUCCUCGCCAUCCUGCGCGAGCUCGAGUUCACGGCCGAGCCCUGCUUCGCGUCGAUGGCGCGCAGCCCGUGGCGGGAGGCCGAGCUCGUCAGUUCAGAGAGUGUGUACGUCGGCGAGCUCACGAGGGCGCUCGAGACGGUCGUCGGCGUCGUGCGAGAAGGCGUCGAGCAGAAGAAGUACGUGCGGAGCGCGUGCGACAAGAUUGUCGGGCUCGUCCUCGCCAAGUUUACGCAGACCAUCGUCAAGACUCGACCGAUCACCCAGACGGGCGCCGAGCAGAUCCUCCUCGACCUUCAAGGGCUCAAGCAUUGCCUGCUUCACCUCGUCAUCGCUCCCGGCGACACGACGCCCAUCCCGACCUCGUACUCGCGCUACGUCUCGAGGAACGUGCAGAACAUCGACACGCUCCUCAAGGUCAUCAUGAGCCCGGAGGAGCCCGCCGAGGACUUUGUCAAGCACUACCUCCUCCUCAUCCCGUGCCAGUCCUUCUCCGACUUUCAAAAGGUCCUCGAGCUCAAGGGCGUCCGCCGAGUCGACCAGAACCACCUCCUCGACAUCUUCCUCGCCAAGACCUCGACCGCGACCGGCCUGUCCGACUCGUCGUUCCUCACGACGCUCGACAUGGACCCGGGCUCGAACUCGCUCACCUCGCCGUCGACGUCCGGCCUCGCGUCGCCGACGACCGCCGGGUCCAACCUCGGCCUCUUUGGCGGCUUCGGUGCCGCCGCCUCGUCCUUGCCGAUGCUCCCUGGUGGAGGAGGCAGUCGAGACGGCAGCAGGUCGGGCACGCCGGCUUUGUCGCGAGGAGAGGGCGGCGCGAGGGAGGAACGAGCGUUCGCAAGGCUCGGCGCUCGACUCGGCACUCGGUUCUUCGGCGGCGGUGGCGGCAGCAGCGGUGGUGGUCAGUCUUGAGCUUUCGUUGUGCGGCGUGCUGUGUCGUCUUCUGUGUUGUACUCUCGCCUGCAACCCGGCCCUUUCCCUCUU